AAAGUGAUAAGGUUUCUACCUCUUUAUUAACUUCUUCUGUUCAUCCAACCUCUACCCCAUCACCCUCGUACCCCCUACCACUCACCCCCACCCCCCACAUGCAAAUACUCAACCAACCUCCUUAUUUACAAAUUUCAUAUCUCCCUUCUUUAUUAAGUAUUACUCAUCUUCUCAUUUCUUUAUUGCCAGUAGCAACAGAAAGAAGAAAAAGAGUAGUAGUAUUUUUUUUGGUUUUCUGAGUCAAUAUGGAAGAGCCUGAAAGACUUACACCAUGCAACAGUGGAAGAAGGAGAAGCUCCGAUUCUAUCCAUUCACCCGAAUUCGAGUUUUGGAUGGUCCGAAACCCCUCUUUUCCUCAGCCUAAUCAGCUCUCUGCCGAUGAGCUCUUCUCCCAUGGUGUUCUUCUCCCUUUAGACCUUCUUCAAUGCCCUACUACUGAUGACCCAUCUGAACCAAAUGGGUCAAAUGCUCCAUUUUUUAAUAAAACGGAGCCUGAACCAUCCGGGUCGGGUCGUCCCGAAACUGAAUCUGGGGUUGAACCUUCUGCUGCGAUAGUCAACUCGGCUGCCGGUGGAGGUUCUUUCACGUCGUCGAAGCGUUGGAAGGAUAUUUUCAAGAAAACGGAGAAGAAAGAUUCAGGGGUGAGUAAUGAGGAGAAUUGUAGAGAGAAGAAGAAGGAGAAGAGGAAAGAGAAAAAGCUUGUUGGGGGAAGUAAUGGGGUGACUGGAGCUGAGCUGAAUAUUAAUAUUUGGCCUUUUUCGAGGAGUAGAUCCGCCGGAAACGGAGCAAGUAGACCUCGGGUUGCAGGUGGAUCCGGAUUAACGACCCGAAAGGUGAGUAGUGCUCCGUGUUCCCGGAGCAACUCCGCCGGUGAAUCCAAGUCACGUAAAUGGCCCAGUAGUCCCAGCCGUGGUGGGGUUCAUUUAGGCCGAAGCAGCCCAGUUUGGCAGGUAAGACGAAACAUUGCCCCAGGAUCUAGUAGUCGGAGCUCCGAUAACCCAGUGAAAACUACUGAAAAAUCACAAAGCAACAUCAAAAAGGUAGUUAAAAAAGACGGCGUUGAAGGUCGCCGGAAAGUGACGUCAUCGGUUGCCGGGGGUGGACCUAAAGCCAGAGUUUUGAACCUGAAUGUCCCUACGUGCAUUGGUUACAGGAAUCAGUUAGGUUGCAGAAGUGAUGAAAAUAGUGCUAUUAACAUCGCCGCCGCCGGAGUCGGUGGUGAUCAGAGUGGUACCAGCACGGUGACCGGUGAUGGGGUACGUGGCAGUAAUAUAUUUAAUAUUAAGAGCCUAUUUACAAAGAAAGUCUAUUAAUUUAAUACUGGUAAAUUCAAAUUAAUUACACACUUUUUGAAUAUGUUAGUGUAUCCAUCUAUCUAUCGUCAUCUAUAUUCUCGUAUGUAACUUUUUCUUUUUUUCUCAGAAACUUUUUGGGUAAUGUAAAGUCCUAACUUUUGACGUUUGCAACUCUGCGUUUGUGUAAUAUUUGGGCCUCUGUCUGCUCAACUAAUUACUACUGUUCAGUAUUCGUACA